AUGACUUCUUUCUGCUUCUCGCCUGCUUCGGCUGCCGCCCGCCCGUCUGAGACCGGUCCGCAGUCCAGGGUUCAAGUCCCUGCCCCCGUUAACGCCAGCACCCUCGUGGCCUCGCUCGGUUCCUUCCUCCGCCGCGUCCCCCGCCUUCUCGCAGCCGCCGUCACCAGCGCUGUCCGCCCGAUCCUCCGGUACAUCGGUACCCCGACACCCCCCGCGAUGCUUGCCCGUAGCUCGUCUCCUCGUCAACCCCAGACUGGAGCUACCCGGCCCUCGAUCACGGUGUCGUCCUCUCUUGGAUCUGGUUCGGUUUCCGUUUCCAACCUGGAGGAUCCGUUUGUGGACGACGCCGCUGACCCUGUUCUGGCUUCGCCAACCCGUCCUUUGGUUUCGCCCAUCCGACCUCCUUCUGACUUUGAACAGUUGAUGGCCUUUGCCGACCGGCAAAUCAACCUGGCCCGCGCUUACACCGCUAAGCGUCGACCUGCCCCUGUUGCUAUUCCUGCUCCCAGGACCCCGGAGCCAAGGACCCCAGAGCAAAGGAUACUAAGGACUCCGGAGCCCUGGACGCUUUCCCCUAUGACUUCCUCGCCUUCGGUGGAUGCCCCCGCUGAGGAGUCUGGCUCGCUGUUCCGUGAUCCGGUUGACCCGCCUUGUACGCCUCCGCCUUGUACUCCUCCUCCUCGUGAGAUGGAUACGCUCGACCGCAGCGUUGAGCGGCAACGGCUCCGGGCCCGCGAGCUCAGCGCAGAGGCCAAGGCGAAGUUUGCGCAGAUCCGGGCUCUCUUGUCGGAUUGGCCUGCUCCCCAGAGGCGGUACGCGCCCUCUCACGACUACAGCACGGAUUCGCCUACGCCGCACACCAUCUCCAACUGGGACUCGACUUUGGAAGAGGAUCGGGUUUCGGAAUACUCCUGGACCAAGGGCGCCUUCCCUGUCGCCUCUCCUGAGCCCCCUGGAGCCCUGGCAGAGUGGGAUUCGCCGGCCGCCUCCCCUGUGUAUUCUGGAUCCCCUGUCGCUUCUUCCUCUGGUUCCGCUGGCUCAUCUGAUUCCGUUGGCUCGUCUGGUUCCCGUGGAUCAUCUGGAUCGUCUGGUUCUUCCGGCUCUCAUGGUUCCUCUGGUUCCACUGACUCCUCUGGUUCCACUGGCUCCUCUGGAUCUGGUGGCUCCUCUGGGUACUGUGCGUCCCCCGGAUCUACCGGAUCUUUCGGUACUUCCAGCUUUUUUGGGUCCCCCGGCUCCUCUGGUUCUGCCGAGGAAUCUGGAUCGAUCUCUUCCUUGCUGGAGCUUUAUGGUCCUCGUUCACCCGUGCCUGUGCCUGUUCCUGUGCCCGAGCCUGAGUUUGACCUAGUCACGUCCAUGAUCACGACCCAGCCCAAGGGCAUGAAGGCAGUCACCCUUAAGAUCAACCGCCGCGUUCCUCGAGUUAGGUCUUAG